AUGGGCAGGCUGAGUGGAUACUCAUCUUGCGGGAUCUCAGCAACUACAACCGGUGGGUCUCAGGCCAGCCCAGAUCUCUCAUGGAUCGCCCUGCGGGACGUCCCCACACUGCUGCGCCAUGCCUUCAGGGAGAUGUUCUCCGUGGGUGGCCUCUUCUGGACGUAUCCUGUGUCUGGUGGGGCGCUUAUCUACCUGGCCUCUCCGCUGGACUUCAUCCCCAAGGCCCUGUUCGGCCUGCUAGGCUUCAUGGAUGACUCCUUUGUAAUCUUGCUCCUCUUCACCUACAUCUCCAUCAUGAAGUGGUGA